AUGAAUCUUCAAGAUUACGAAAAGGCCAAAGAAGUUAUAGUAGAAGCGGAGCAAAGUGAUCCUGACAGUCCUGUCAUUCAAUUCUACAAGUUUAAAAUCGCUCUCGCCGAAGGACAAGAUGUUGUCGCUGUAGACGCAAUGACAAAGAUAAGCGAGGUUGGUUCAAAUCAAGAUAAUGAUGUAGCAGAGACUAAUGCUCAUGGACUGAUCUGUCUUGCUGCACAGCUAGCUCUAGAGCAAAAGAACCAUAACGUAGCUGUCAGUGCCUUAGAAAAAGUCGUAGCGAGCAGCGCCGAUAACCAGCAGGUUCUAACCUCACUUAGGUGCCUGACAAGAUUAAAACUGACGCAGUCCACAGAUUCUGGAGCAAAAAAAGAUUACAGCAGCUUUUUGCUUUACCUACAGACCGCUUUAGAUCGCUUGAAUCAGAUGGAGCUGGUGAGCGAUUCUAAUGUGCAAACAGAAGCCGCAUGGUUCAUGAAAAUUGCGUGGAAUCUAGCUUUGGAAAGUACCGAUUGUUGUGCAGAGAUGCAGGAACUUUUCCUAUUCUGUUACAAGUUUUCAAGUCUGUGUCUCAUGGAAUCAUCCAAUUUGGUUCGUCAAAAAAAUUGUCUGGUAAUGGCAGCAGCUUCUGCAGUUCAAGCAGCGAGAGAGCAAAUCAGUGGAGAUGAAAAGACUAAGCUUUUACGGCAGUGUCUCGGACAUGUUGAUGCGUGUCGCGUCUUACGAAAGAAGAUUGGAAUCGGAGGUUUAAAUAGCAGCCUGAAAGAUGAAUCGAUAUUACUGCUGGCGUUAUAUGAAUUCGAAGCAAAAGCACAACUGGGUGAUUCAGACCUCUGUUUCUGUCUUGACGCUGCUGAGGCUCUACUCAACGCAGAUCCAGGAACAUUUGAAAGCUUUGCUGCGCUUGCAGUUGAGCCGCCUGCUUACCACAGGGAGAUAAGCAUGAGGGCACUGAGAAUUGCGAUAAAGAAACACUUAGCUAUGGACGUGAUUGACUUCACUAAAUUAAGCAAAGCUUUUCAUAGUCUGGUGCACCACGCAUUAAGUAGUGGUAGCAGCAGUGAUGCCGAAAGUAAGGAAGAGGCCUUCGCUGUUUACCAGGACAUAUGUAAAAUCAUCGAGAACCAAGCGAAGGGCUGUUAUCCUGAAAUUCAGAUCUUAUGGCUGAUGACAAAGGCAUGGAACUGUGGAGUAAACUUAUUCAGCGCUGGCGGUCACGAAGCCGGAGAGAAAUGGUGUGGAUUGGCCAUGAGACUGCUUCAUCACUUGUCGACAUUUAAGUGUAACUAUCAGGAUAAGAUGACCAAAGUUUACGGGGAUAUAUUGGAUCGUAUGGAGAGGAACACAUUAAAAGGUCAAGUUGAAGAGUGA